AUGCUACACCAGAUCCCCUUAGCGCCGAAGGUUGGGGACUUCGCGCCCGUCUCGCGCGCCUUCGACGGCCGCGCAGUGGGAGAUGCCUCCUCGGAAGCCUCGUCCGAUGCGGCGGAAGAUAUAGAUCUGCCCGACUGCAAAAUUAAGAGGAAUUACAGCUGCACCAAAUGCAAGUUUUACACGCAGAACCCUCGCGUAUAUCUGAUGCAUACGAGAGAUGUGCACUUUGAACGGUUCAAGAUAUACGACUGCCCUCAGUGCACAUACGCUUCGCGGCAUAACCAGAAGCUAAUGAGACAUAUUAAGACGCAUCACGCGGAAGCGAGAAUGGACACGUUUAAAGCCAUCACGAAUACUGCGGAAAGCGCAGAGGAGCAAAGAAAUAUGGAAGAUUUAAUGGAGGAGGUCGAAGAUAACGAUGACAUGCAAGUCGAUAUUGAAGAGUGUGAGGAGCCUAGCGAUCGCCAAAAAGUCGAUGAACAACCCAUCGUCGAAGGGACAGCAGGAAAAAGGCUGAUAAAAUUCUACUCCUGCGAGAAGUGCUGCUAUGUAACACAUAUGAAAACUCGAUAUACGAAGCACGUCAAGUACCACUCUCUGCCGAUGAUCAAGUGUUCCGUGUGCGAUUUCAGAACACCGUACAAGUGGAACUUGGACCGUCACAUGAGAAACCACGGCGGGAGCGGUAACUUCCAAUGCACGGUGUGCAACUUCACUACGGACAUUAGACAAAGCAUGACCGUCCACGAGAUUAAUCACCACGAACAAAGCUCGGGGCAGGCGAGGUCGAACCGUCGGAACCGCGUGGGCGGCAGCGAUCUGACUAGCGCGAUGGAUGAGUGCGAUGAGGAGUCGCUUAUCGUGAGAGAGGAAGAAAGCUGUGACUCACAAUCAUCGGAUAUGGGGAUGCAAUUUACCGGAAAAGAAAUGGUCAACAGCGAUUCUAAUGACGCCAUACAAAUGACGGAAGGUAUGGUAUAUAAUGGGGCGGAGCCUCCACAAAAUGCACGAACGGAACGCAGAUCUUCACAAGCAAACGGAGAUGAGUCAAAGAAGCAAUGCAAAAAAGCUCCUCGGCCCAUACCACAACUUAUACCACUAAAUACUUCCACCCCCAACCAAAAGGCACCAACAGGUGAACCACCAGCCAAAAAACUUAAAGAGAGUUUAGAUACAACGGAGCUCAAUAUUAAAAAUACAGGCCUCGAUGUGUCUUUAACACCAGUCGUUAAUUUACCAGGGAAAGAUGCCGUAAGUCGAAAGAAAAAUGAGUCAUUUUUUGAUAGAUUAAAAGAACGAAUCCUAACAGAAACCGGAGAAGAAGGUUCGCUGAUAUGCAAAAACUGCGGCUUCGAGAGCAAAUGUUUGUCAGAACAUUCAGUUCACGAGAAAAACUGUAUAAAUCAGUCAAAUAGAUCCACACACACGCUGCUCCCCAGUACAAGUUCAACACGUUGCCAAAACUGCAGACAUAGGUGUAAAUCUAGUGCCGAUUUAAUGACGCACCUUAAAACAUGUGGAAAAUAUUUAAAAAGGGACGAUGAGAGAAACGAAGAAAUGCAUAAUCAAGAUAGUAAUGAGACGGCUACUACUGAGAAAGAAAUUGAGCCGCAUCCGAUGGAAAAUGUUGUUUUUGUCUGGAAUAAUAUAAAUACUAGUUCCAAUAAAUUUGACACUCCACUUGGCAUCAAUAUCAAUGACGACUCAACGAUGCCAGAGAAUAGACUGCUCGAGUCUGAAAUCGUAGAUGACAAUGAAACAAUGAAUUUGUCUCCUAGCCAGGCGGUAGGGAAGAAAGUUUUCAAAUGUCCUCACUGUCUUUUCUGGGCAUCGACUGCGUCACGAUUCCACGUUCAUAUAGUAGCACAUCUUAACAGGAAACCCUUCGAAUGCUCCUUAUGCAAAUAUAAAUCUAACUGGCGCUGGGACAUUACAAAACACAUAAAACUUAAGUCGGCUAGAGAUCCAGAACACGUUGACGCUAAAGUUUUGAUGACUGAUGAAACUGGCCGUCGUAAUUACAGCAAAUACAACAGGUUCCUUGCUAUGCCAAUUCUUAAUGAAAAAGGGGAGAAUGAGUUUCAUUAUAUAGACCCCAAUACGAAUGUGGAUGCAAGUUUAGACGAUGAUUCGCUCUAUGAUGUCAACGAAAGUGUUAAUUCUACUUACGAUAAUUCACAGCCACUUAAUUUACAAACGCAACAAAAUGAUAGUAGAUUUGAAACAGAUAAUUCGGGCAACAAGAAGUCGAAGAAGACUAUUUGGAAGUGCAAAAAAUGCAACUACAAAGAUUCCUCAAAGGAGGCAUUAUUGGAACACGUGCGAGAGCAUACCAAGUCCGAAGACGUCGAUAAAUCCCAAGUAAAGAAACCGGAAACCACUAUAGAUCCCGCUGACUUAGCGUACCGGUGUGGACAUUGUAAUCAACUAUCUAAUUGGAAACAUGUCAUUCAAAGACAUUGCCGUUUGAAACACGACGGAAUCAUUAACGUCAUCACAACGCUGAAACAGAAACCAGAUCCGAAUAAUACGUCGGCUAACGAUGUGUCCAACGAUAUGUGCACAAAGUGCCCCUUUAAAACCAGCGACAAGAAUAUGCUCAUGACUCAUCUGCAGCACCACAAACCCUCAUCGGAAUCUAUAUUUAAAUGCUACUUCUGUCCUUACUUCGUCAAGGACGAGCAAGAAUUGAUACAACAUCUCGUGUUACACGGUGUUAACGAUCCUGAAGAAUACAUCUCGAAAGCCUUGGGCAGUAAGUCGCCUCUGCCUGAUCCGUUAAACUCUCAUAUAAACCUCAGCAUAUCGGCGGUAGCUAAGCGGCACAAAUGUACCGAGUGCCCUUACGAAACGAACAGCAAAUCGCAGUUCAUGUACCACGAGCAAUUCCACCGGCUCCCCACAGACACGCCGUACAAGUGCACAGAAUGUAAUUACAGCGUCUCCAAAAGACAUUUGCUCCAUCAACAUCUGCGGGUACACGGAAUCAUAACUAAGAAAGAAGCGGAUUUCGACUACGAAUCGUUAGGUUAUCAAAACGAAGAAUCAAGCGAAAGCGACGAGAUACCAUACGUGUGGGUGUCGGCUAAGAAUGAAUUCCAUAAAAUGUACAAAUGCCGAUUUUGUUCGUAUGUGAAUGCUCGUAAAUGUGAGAUACCAAACCACGAGCAGAUACAUUUCACUGUAUUUGAAAAUGACGAUAUCACAAUUUACAAGUGUUUGGAAUGCAAGUUCUCUUGCGACAACAAACACAAGUUGGCCGAUCAUUCCAAAAUGCACGUUGAAAUAUAUGGAAGAAUUUACUGUGCAGUCGAACUGGAUAUGCCGGAUGAAGAGCAAAUAUCUAAGCUGCGCAAAGUGGUCGAAGCUGAGAAAUACAAUAGGACGGACGCCUUUAGAGUCGAAGGAGAAGUCAAGACAUUGUACUUCUGCCAGAAGUGCCCGGCUAGAUUUUUCUGUGAUAAUGAUCUUAAAAUUCAUGAUAAAUUUCACGAUACAACUUUCCCGCAUAAAUGUAAAACCUGUGAGUUUUCUGUGCUUCACGAGACUGAUUUAAUGGAGCAUAACUGUGUACACACAGAUGAGUAUAAUACUAAGACUAAAAUGCUCAAGUUUAUGCACUAUGUCCAUCCGACACAUAAAGAACCUCGUCUACAAUUUAUUCAUUGCCCAGUGUCGUCCGAAGGGACAUGGGUCGUAGCGAUAGCGGGUAGGAAUUUCGAGAUCCAAGAGCAAAGCUCUACUAUCAAGAAAUCCACCGAACAAAAAGCUCCCAAACAGUAUCUAUGCAAAGAAUGUCCUGCGAAAUUUUUCAAAAGCUCCGCUCUAAACUAUCAUGCGAGCCUACACGGAGGGGAGGGUGAUCAUAAAUGCAGGAAAUGUAGCUAUACAGUAAAAAAUGUCGGUAACCUCGCCAAACAUGAACUUCUGCACGAAAACGAAGGUAAAAUAUCAAACGCCGACUAUGAAUCGGGUGACGAUAUGGACUAUAAGAAUAUUCCCUUAUCGGGGACAGAUUUAUUCCAGAGGAAAACUGAGGCUCAAAAGCGCGUGGUCACAGAUAAAGAUAAACUAGUGAAACCUAAUGAUCACUUCCCUCCCGUGUUGCAAGCCGAUCCGCAAUUUGGAUACUUAAUGCACGGUAAUCCUGAAUUCAUCUAUCCGACUUAUUUGAAGAAUGGAAGACAAAAGGAGAAACGAUACAAGUGCCACAAAUGUCCCUCUGCAUUCGAAAAACGAGAACAAUACAAAAUACAUCUCUCAUUACACGGCUCGAAACAAAGGUACAAAUGCGAAAUCUGUGAUUAUUCUGUAAAAUAUUACGCUAACUAUGUUCAGCAUAUGCGGAAACAUCAAAUGAACGAUGAAGCUCAAGCAGAGAGGAAAAAGGGCGUCGAUGGUGGCGUGGAGUACGAGGGUGAGAGCUCCCAAGAGACUAAACAGGAUGACAAAGGAGAAAAUAUUAAAUUAGCGAUUAAAACAAUGCCGAAAAGAGUUAAGAGUGAUUUCCAACAAUUUUCCAUAAGCGAUCAGCAAACUCUUCGUUUGUUGCAACAGAAGCGGUCCAUAAAUACCGAGCCUGUAGCUUCCACCAACACAUCGCCUAAGAAAGAUCGCAAAAUGCAUUUAUGUUACUUUUGCCCUUAUAGAAAUCAGCGAUUAGACGCUAUAGAAAAUCACGAGAAGAGGCACCGAGAAUUUACCGAAAAUAACAACGCAUGUCCCUUCUGUGUGAUAUCCUUCACACAGUCACAUUUUCUGCGUGAACAUUUAAAAACACACUUUAACUCAAUGAAAGCCAUAACGCCAGAAUGCUUUAUUGCAAAUGAAAACGUUAAUUUUGCCAUCACUAACGUUGAAGAUGACGACGAUAAGAAGCCGGUUGAUAUUAAACUUAAUUUAAAACGAAAUUACAGUUACACAGAUGACAACAAAAUUCUGAUCAAAGUACACACUGGCGAAAUCCUUGAAACGGAGUCAUAA